AUAACUUUACAACCACAAACGGACUCUCGACGAGGGAGAGACAGUCGGUACCCCGUCCCCGACUCAUGACCUGGUAGAAAGAGGCAAAAGGCAACAGGUGAAAUGGAAGAACACACGGAGCAAAUGCGGCCCCUGCUUAGAAGCGGUCUAGACGAGGAGGCUAUCGUGGACCUUGGGAAGACCAGCUCCACCACCAACACCAACUAUGAGACUGAAGAGCUGGAAAGUCACAGGGCGGUGUAUGUCGGUGUCCACGUCCCCCUGGGUCGAGAGAGGAGAGGCAGGCACCGCCACCGCGGACAUCGACACCACCGCAAGAAACGGGACAGGGACGCAGAGGAGGGGAAAGAGGACGGCAGGGAGUCGCCGUCUUACGACACCCCGUCCCAGCGGGUGCAGUUCAUCCUGGGCACGGAGGACGACGACGCAGAACACGUGCCCCACGACCUUUUCACCGAGCUGGACGAGCUGUCCUUCAGGCACGGCAGCCACACGGAGUGGAAGGAGACGGCCAGGUGGCUGAAGUUUGAGGAGGAUGUGGAGGACGGUGGGGAGAGGUGGAGCAAGCCCUACGUGGCCACGCUGUCCCUCCACAGUCUGUUCGAGCUGCGGAGCUGCAUCCUCAACGGCACCGUCAUGCUGGACAUGAGGGCCAACACCAUAGAGGACAUCGCAGACAUGCUGAUCGACAGCAUGGUGGCAUCGGGCCAGCUGAAGGAGGAGCUGCGCUUCAAGGUGCGGGAGGCCAUGCUCAAGAGGCACCACCACCAGAACGAACGCAAGCUCAGCAACCGCAUCCCGCUGGUGCGCUCCAUCGCCGACAUCGGCAAGAAGCACUCCGACCCGCAUUUGCUCGACCGAAACGGAGAGGGCCUGUCCUCCUCUCGCCUCUCCCUCCAGAAGCCCGGCCCGUGCGCCGCCAUCGGCAGCCUGUCCCAGAGGCGCGAGUCACGGGUGGCCAUUCUCCUCAACCACCUGCUGCCCUCCUCCCUGUCCUCGACCGCAGCAGCCGCCACAGGCGCCUCUCCUAUGACCACGCCCCAUAACACGCCCCCUCCCGACCGAUGCGUCUCCCAGUCCCAGCAGCACCAGGGCCACGGCGGCCGGGGCAUCCCCGAGGUGGUGGUGUCCCCCCCUGAGGACGAGCCGCCGCAGACCCCCACGGACGGGGGGAGACCACUGCCCUUAGAAGGACAUCUUGUGUCGCCCAGCUCCUGCCCCAACCUGGACACCAAAGCAGCAGAGAGGAGGUCGUCCAAAGCAGGGGUCAGUAGAGAAAGCAGCGGUUUCGACUUUAGCAAGGUGGACAUGAACUUCAUGAAGAAGAUCCCUCCCGGCGCGGAGGCCUCCAACGUGCUGGUGGGCGAGGUGGACUUCCUGGAGAAGCCCAUCAUCGCCUUUGUGCGCCUCUCACCCGCCGUCCUCAUCACGGGCCUCACCGAGGUGCCGGUGCCCACCAGGUUUCUGUUCUUGCUUCUGGGACCUCAUGGAAAAGGCCCCCAGUACCAUGAGAUUGGCAGGUCUAUGGCCACUCUCAUGACGGAUGAGAUUUUCCAUGACGUAGCCUAUAAGGCCAAGGACCGAACAGAUCUCCUCUCUGGUAUCGAUGAGUUCCUGGACCAGGUCACAGUCCUGCCUCCUGGGGAGUGGGACCCCACUAUACGCAUCGAGCCCCCCAAGAACGUCCCCUCUCAGAUGAAGAGGAAGCAGCCGUCCCAGCCCAACGGACUGGCGUCCCCGUCCCCGGGGGACAUGGAGAAGGAGGAGGAAGAGCACUCGGGACCAGAACUGCAGAGGACCGGCAGGAUAUUCGGGGGGCUUGUGUGGGACAUCAAGAGGAAACUGCCGUUCUACUGGAGUGACCUGCGUGACGCCCUGAGCCUGCAGUGCCUGGCCUCCGUCCUCUUCCUCUACUGCGCCUGCAUGUCUCCUGUCAUCACCUUCGGGGGUCUACUAGGGGAGGCCACCAAAGGCAACAUCAGUGCUAUAGAGUCUCUGUUCGGGGCCUCCCUGACCGGGGUGGCCUACUCUCUGUUUGCCGGCCAGCCACUCACCAUCCUGGGCAGCACAGGUCCCGUGUUGGUCUUUGAGAAGAUCCUCUUCAAGUUCUGCACGGACUACGGCCUGUCCUACCUCUCGCUGCGGACCAGCAUCGGGCUGUGGACGGCCUUCCUCUGCCUGGUGCUGGUGGCCACGGACGCCAGCUCGCUGGUGUGCUACAUCACCCGCUUCACGGAGGAGGCCUUUGCGGCGCUCAUCUGCAUCAUCUUCAUCUACGAGGCCCUGGAGAAGCUCUUCCACCUGGGGGAGCACUUCCCGGUCAACACGCACAACACCCUGGACAACCUCACCCUGUACUCGUGUCAGUGCAGCCAACCAGUCAACGCUUCGGCCAGCACGGUGGAGAUAUGGAACCAGACGGGCUACACCCCAGACAAUGUCCCCUGGGACAAGCUCAACGUCUCGAUGUGUAACCUGCUCCACGGGGAGUUCACGGGCGAGGCCUGCGGUCACCACGGACCCUUCAUCCCCGACGUGCUCUUCUGGUCCAUCAUCCUCUUCUUCACCACCUUCUUCCUCUCCUCCUUCCUCAAGCAGUUCAAGACGGAGAGAUAUUUCCCCACCAUGGUGCGCUCCACCAUCAGCGACUUUGCUGUGUUCAUCACCAUCAUGGUCAUGGUGUUGGUGGACUAUCUGAUGGGCAUCCCCUCUCCUAAACUCAACGUUCCUGACCGCUUUGAGCCCACCUCCAAGAACCGCGGCUGGCUGAUGGACCCGCUGGGCGACAACCCGUGGUGGACGCUGCUGGUGGCCGUGCUGCCCGCCCUGCUCUGCACCAUCCUCAUCUUCAUGGACCAGCAGAUCACCGCCGUCAUCAUCAACCGCAAGGAGCACAAGCUCAAGAAGGGCUGCGGCUACCACCUGGACCUGACGAUCGUGGCCAUCAUGCUGGGCGUGUGCUCCAUCAUGGGCCUGCCGUGGUUCGUGGCGGCCACCGUGCUCUCCAUCUCCCACGUCAACAGCCUCAAGGUGGAGUCGGGCUGCUCCGCGCCCGGCGAGCAGCCCAAGUUCCUGGGCAUCCGGGAGCAGCGCGUCACCGGCUUCAUGAUCUUCAUGCUCAUGGGCUGCUCGGUCUUCAUGACCUCGGUGCUCAAGUUCAUUCCCAUGCCCGUGCUGUAUGGAGUGUUCCUCUACAUGGGCGUCUCUUCGCUGAAGGGCAUCCAAUUCUUCGACCGCAUCAAGCUGUUCGGCAUGCCCGCCAAGCACCAGCCCGACCUGAUCUACCUGCGCUACGUGCCCCUCUGGAAGGUGCACGUGUUCACCCUGGUGCAGCUCACCUGCCUGGUGCUGCUGUGGGUCAUCAAGGCCUCGUCCGCCGCCGUGGUCUUCCCCAUGAUGGUGUUGGCGCUGGUCUUCAUCCGGAAGCUUCUGGACUUCUUCUUCACCAAGAGAGAGUUGAGCUGGCUGGAUGACCUGAUACCCGAGAGCAAGAAGAAGAAGGAGGACGACAAGAAGAAGCGAGAGCGGCAGAAACGGGAGGCUGAGGCCAGGCUGCAGGAAGAUGUGGACGCGGGGUUGAAGAUAUGUUACGGAGACGCUAAUCACCUCAGUGUUCCUGUGAAGACACUGUCGGGAAGCUCUGAUUGCGACCCCUCGGUUGUUAAUAUCUCUGAUGAAAUGGACAAAAGCGGUGCGUGGAAAGCGGUGAACGUGGGCGCAUACUCAAGUACCCAACAUGUGCAUCGUAGCGACAGCCAGGAGAAGGUGGCGUGCGUUAGAGUGGAAGUCAACCCAGACGAACCUCGCUCGCCCGGGGAAACCUCGUCGUCCGAGACCUUCUUGUGACGAAGGGGAGCAUGACACUCUCCCUCCACCCCCUCACCCCAAUACUGCCACUCCUCAAACCUCUUCCCCCACCUCACCCCAAUACUGCCACUCCUCAAACUUCUCUCUCCCCCCCCCCCCCCCCCCCACCCCUCCCUAGCCAUGUGAGACCCUCCUCUCCACACACACAUGCGCCCAGGUCAGGGCUUAUCUUGUCAGGUGAGGGAAGAGUGGGGUGCUCUCACGUGCACGCCUGGUUGACUGUGUAUGAAGGAAAGAGUGCACAUUGACCGGGGAACACAAAUGUACCUCUGCGGCUACUGCCUAUGAAUUUGCCCAAAGAUUUGGAGUGUUUUAAAUGCAAAGUAACACAAAAAAAACGGAGACAUACAGAUUGAUAUACAUUGUAACACACACACACACGCGCGCGCACACACACACAGACACAGACACAGACACAGACAGACACACACACACACACACCAAAGGACGGUGGCCAUUUUAAGUUCUUAGUAGAUGUUUAUUAUUUGAAUUUCAAUUUUUAAUCUCCGUUAGUAUAUAGCCGUCUCAUUUAAACUGCACUGGUUUCGCUUCUGAUCUAAAAUUGUUCCCACCUGUCAUGAUGGUAAUGAUGUUGUUUUCAUUUGUUUUCUGUGUUGAGUUGUAUCUUGUAUGUUCACACCAAUAAGUCAAUCGAUAAACCAACUUCAAAACGUAUUUUGAGUCAAAAGCAUUUCAGGGUUCCGGCAGUGCCAACACUCUCCCGCAGCCUCUCUCUGUGUCGUUAGUAAGCCCUGUCCGGUGUCUGAUGAGUCAGAGGAACAAGGUCCAUUGAUACCAGGACUCUUACCCUAGAUAUUUCCAGAGUAUUCAAACUACUCCUUUAUGUUGAAGGUCUUUUCUGACCUCAGUGUUGGUAUUGCUGCUCGCUAGUUGGUCCAACGAUGCAUAACUUGUAACAUAUGAAAAACAUUUCAGAGGCCAUAUCUCUUAAUUGUACUGUACAGCAAGCACUUUAGAUGCAUAUGCCAGUAGGUUUUAGUUUUGUCAACCGAUAGUUUGUUGUGUACAAGUGUAUCUGUCGAAAAUGUACGCUGAGCUGUUGCUCCAAUGUCUCUUAUUUUGUCAGUAUACUUUUUGCAGGACUGGAAACGCAAUCAUUUUCAUGAAUAUAGUUCCUACAAUGUUGAGGCGCAGGAGAGUAUAUUGAGAAGUAGGUCACCUGAACUGUGUUUUCCAUGUUGAUACUCUUUGUGUAAUACAUGUUGUAAAGAUACCUUGGUAAAACCAGUAUUACAACUGUAAUUGAAUGCACAAAAAAGACUUUCCACAGUAAUCUUGAAAGAUAAAAACCUUUGCUGUAUGAGAGAAAGUAGUUCUCGUUUGGCUCAGCGCAGUCCUGUUUUAGCAAUAAGUUUUCAAUCCCAUAAAAUGUAUGGAUCAUCAUCCAACAGCCAGCAGUGGGUAUUGAUCUUGUGUCUAUUUGUGUCUGUACUCUUCUUACCUGUAUGGGCAAAACGCUUAUGUGCCUUUUGUGAAAGCUUUUCAUGUGCAAGUCUCGACAUUUCAAGUGUUAAACAAACUCAUUGGUACACGGUGGCCCACAUACUGCCAAAGAACAGCCAGGGCCAUUUUCCUUCAUUGAACUGUACUGUGGCUUAUAUGUCAACGCUCACGCCAGGUGUUUGAUGUAAACUAAGUCUGAGCCGGGGGCACACAGCGGCCCUGAUUUGCUGCUGGUCUCGUCUCCUGUUUUAAUAAUAUAUCUGAAAAAAGAGAAUACAGUGUACUAUUGUGUCAUAGCCGUUGUGGUUUUGUUCACAAACUAAAUGCUUUCGAAAUCAAUUGUAUAGGUACUGGUGUUUGAACUUUUGUGAAUGUCAAAAAAACAAUUGUACCCUUUUCUAAAAUUAAUAAUGAUCUUGCUGAAACAGAAAGCAGUCGCUGACGGUGUUCGCUAGAAUUUAAGUGUUUCCAUGUGAACGAUAUUCAACACCUACCCGACACACAAACACAGUUGGUAGAUUCAACCAUUGUUAAACAAUCACCUGGCAGUGAUUACCUUGAUGGAAAAAGACUACAGAUAUAUACAGAAAUAUAUUUUCUCUCUCUAAUGUUGGUUAUUACAAUUGACUGACACACACAAGGUCUCUACAGAAUCUACAUUUCAACCAACUUUCAAAACCUACUCCUCAAAUGAACAAGUGGCUUAGAAUCUUAGGCGCUUGACAUUCAACAAAACAAUAACUGUAUGGAAAUACCAUUGACACACCAGAUCAACGUGUACUUCUACUGUAAUUAUGACUAUACAAACAUUAUUUUUUUGUAAUAGAAGGCAAUAAAAAAAAAAACUCUUUAAA